CAAGCCAGGCGCUCGUUCCGCGCGAGCAGUAUUCAUAUAAUUCUAUUAAUAUAUAAACACGUGAAUUAUGCUAUUAAUAAUAUUAAUUUUAGACUUAAUGUUAAUAUUAUAGUAUAUUCUGUUUGAAGUGUUGUUCUUUGUCUUCACACGCCUAUUGGAUUGUAAGAACAAUGCUAUCAAAUACACUUAGAAUUGAGAGUUCCUCUCAUUGCACUACGCCGUCUGACCGCAAUGGCCCACAGCUGGUUCCGGUCAAAGUUGGCUGUUUACAUAUCAAUUUGGCAACUGAGCGAGGACGGAAAAUAUUUCUACUACAGAUGUUGGUGCUAUGUUUCGUACCUCAUGCGGCUCUUGUCUUUCAAAACUGUACAGCCAUGGCCCAACUGUCACACACUAUGGACGCUUCCUUAUUCCUUGACCACAAGGUGGCGGCUAUUUUCUUACAUUGUGAGUCUGUGUUGGCGAUCCAGGAUGAACGCGUCGCAGUAACUAAGUACUUGGUACAGGGGGUGAAUGAACAAAGGUCGAAUCGAAUACAUUUGGAGCGAGUGUUUUCGACGACGGACCAGAAGUUGCUACACAUACAAGACACACUACCGGAAAAGCUGAAGAUUAUUCUAUACACAUAUCGGGAAGAUGUGAUGUCAAUAGGAAAUUCAAAACGCACAGACGGUUCGAGCAGAGCAUCUAUUUACGAUCAAAUCAACUCCGUUCUUCUCUUGUACAUAAUGAAGAGUGUCAAGGCCACGUCAUCGAAUCUGUGGAGACAGCUAACAGCAUGCUAUGAAAUCUUAAAGUCAAUGGAGGAACUAUCGCUUGCGUUUCUGUACCCAUUGGUUCUAGAAAGCUUGGAGACGAAGAACUUCUUCCUCCAGCUUCAUUUGAAGCUGACCCUGGAGUACUUGGAAUCUACUAAGCAAUAUCUUGAUUUAGAGGGCUUAGACGCACGUGUGAUUGACAAGCUAUUGAUAAGCUACAAAUCAAGAGACGGCUUAAAGUUCGAGGAAGGCUCGGAUCGCUACUUUGUUGAGGAAACGAUUAGCCACUUGGCUCAGCUGAGGGCCGUACAGGAGGAUUUGUGGACUUAUGUCAGGGGUUCGGUGAAUAGUGAAAUGUGGUCAGCGAGAUGGACACUGUGUUUUGGGAUCGUAGUUUUGAUACUUGUAUUGCUGGUUUCACCACUAUUGAUACUUUUACUACGGUAUACAAUUAAUACUAUUCAGAAAUUCACAGAAUCAAUAGAAAUAAGUACACAAAAAUUAAUGGCAGAAAAGCAGAAGAGUGACUUGCUCUUAUCAAGGAUGCUGCCUCUCCCAGUAUUAAGAAGGCUUCGUGCACAAAGGACCGUGCCCGCGGAAUCUUUUGACGCAGUCACUAUAUACUUCAGUGAUAUCGUUGGAUUCACGAAUAUAUCUGCGAAUAGUACGCCUAUGGAAGUGAUUAAUAUGCUCAAUAUGCUUUAUAAGAUGUUCGAUGAUAAAAUAAUGCAGUAUAAUGUUUACAAAGUGGAGACAAUAGGAGACGCUUAUAUGGUAGUAUCGGGACUUCCACAGCGGAAUGGAAACCUGCAUGCGUCAGAAAUUGCAGAUAUGUCUCUAUCUCUAAUGAGAAGUCUGGAAGGCGCCAGAGUUCCCCACAGACCCGAGGAGUUCCUUCGUAUUCGAGCUGGCGUGAACACGGGACCGUGCGUGGCUGGUGUCGUAGGCACAACUAUGCCACGAUACUGCUUAUUCGGCGAUGCUAUUAAUACAGCUAGCCGUAUGGAAAGUACCGGAGAAGCAAUGAAAAUUCACAUUUCCCCGACAACCAAAGAUGCACUUGACGAGAUUGGAAAUUACGUUGUGCAAUCACGAGGGCUGGUUGAUGUUCAGGGCAAGGGCGUAAUGGAGACGUUUUGGCUCUUAGGAAAAAAAGAUGAGAAGAUAGAAAGCCCCAAGUGUGUUCGAUUGCAGGAUUACGACCAAAAUGUUCUAGAACUAUUAAUCAGGUCUUAAAGACUAGUUAAGCGACCCUAGAUUUUCUUUUCUAUGUGCUCAAUAAACACUUCCUCUCAAUCUAGAGGAAAAGAUCGCGAGGAUACCGACAUGUCUGUGACUCAAAAAUUGACACUUGUCAGGCACAGAUGGCAAGAACUUUGGCCAAGCCCCAUACAGGGUUAUAGCGCCACUCAAGUAUUAUUAUUAAUAAGGUCUUAAAAAGGUCUGGCACAAAAGACACUAAAGUUUAAUAAAACUGAGUAAUUUUGAAUUUUAGUUUCAUCAUUAUUGUUUUCUAGUCAAAGCUGUAUCAAGUAAGUCAAUUUUUUAGUUGACCGAGGCAACGUUGGAGUUGCUAAGUACUUGGAAUAUGUAGGGGUCCAAAACUGGAUACUAGCGAAAGCUAUGGCCUAUAAUUGAUGACAAUGACAGAUAAUUGUCGCUAAAUUAGAAUUAUUAAUUAAAAUUAUUUAUUUUACUUUAAAUAAUUGUACAGACUAGACUUGGU